CGUCACCGUCUCCACGACUUGUGGUGCCGCGGCUUUGUUCUCGCGCCAUCUUUAUCGUCAGUCAGUCCAUCGCCAUGCGCUUACUCUGGUGGCCAUUUGUGCCUGGCUGCACAAAAAGUAAGCAAUAAACCCUCAACGUUCGCUGCUCAUCGGCGCUCGCUCGUGUCCCUGCGUUUUUCUGUCUCCUUUCUCCCCCAAACGGCCACCCGAGCCAUCCGAGAUGGCCUCCCCACCCAGUGGCCACGCUAAGCGGUUCCUCAACUACCCCGAGCCCGUCCAAGGACCCGUAGUCCCAUACGUCGAUGCUCCCCGCAAGAAUCCCGUGCUGACGGGCCGCUUCCUGGUCCUAUGCGCAGUCUUAAUGGAAUGGCUGCGCUUCGUGCGCGAGUACGCCUGGCGUAACGCCAACUUUGGCGCACUCCGCAGCAUCCGGCGCAUGAUCGAGGACUACGAGCCUUUGUAUGAACCCACCAUUGUUCCUCUGCCCGAUCCUGACGCCGGCGAUGCUCAAGAGGCACCCCUCGAGUUCGGGCCCCAGCCUCCUGCCGCAGCCAAGUACGUUGCGGAGAGGUACUACUCGGCUGCCGACUAUCGCGCCCUAUACCUGGCGGGCCAGGUGACACCAACGGACGUCGCCAAGGCCAUCUUGCCGCUUAUCCGACGUGACACUGAGCCCAAGGGCCGUCACUCGCUGGCCUGGUUCGAUGUCAAGGUCGACAUCGUGCUUCGCCAAGCCGCAGAGUCGACAGCGCGCUACCGGGAGGGACGCUCGCUCGGCCCGCUCGACGGUGUGCCCACAGCCGUCAAGGACGAGUAUGACAUGGACGGCUACAUCACCUGCCACGGCUCGCUCAACGACUACACGAGUGCGCAGCUCGAGGAUGGGUCCAACACCAACUGGUGCGUCCGCAUGGUCGAGCGUGCUGGCUGUGUCGUGCUGGGUAAGCUGUCGAUGAACGAGUUUGGCCUCGACACGACGGGCAACAACCCCGUUUGGGGCACCCCGCCCAACCCGUACAACAAGGACUACUACACGGGCGGCUCGUCGUCGGGCUGCGGGUAUGCCGUGGCCGCUGGACUGGUUCCCUUCUCGCUCGGCGGCGACGGUGGCGGCAGCAUCCGUGUGCCCUCCUCGCUCUGUGGUGUCUUUGGGCUCAAACCCACUCACGGCCGCCUGUCGUUCCGUCCCACGCAGAACCACUGCAGCACCUGCGCUGUUCUGGGUCCCAUCGCUUCCGACGUGCGCUCCCUCGCUGCCGUCUACUCCGUCAUUGGUCAGCCGCACCCGACUUCGCCCUUCCCACCUCUUCGUUCUGGCCCUUCGAUGCUGUCUUGGCCCGCAUCCCGCCCCAAGAUUCUGGCCGUACCCGAAAAGUGGUUUUCGCGUGCUUCCCCCGCCGUUCAGCUGCUUUGCCGCGCCUUGAUCCAGCGCCUGGUCCAGGAGCGCGGCUACAGGAUCGUCUCGGUCGACAUCCCGUUCCUCAACGAGGGGCAGAUAGCGCAUGCCCUAGUUGUCCUGGCCGACGGAACCAGCCUUCUCCCCGACACGAGCAACCUCACCGCUGCAAACCGUGUCCUGCUUUCCCUCGGCUCCGUCACUUCCGCCGUCGAUUUGCUCCUCGCGCACAAGCUGCGCCGCCUGCUGGUCAACCAUCUGGCCGACCUGUGGACCCGGCAGCACCCUGGCAUGUUGCUUCUAACACCAACGACGGCCUGUCCCGGCUGGCCGGUGCGCAACCGGUCCGCAGAAAUGAACUACGGCCUCAAUGACGGCGACACCACCCUUACUAGCAUGCAGUUUGUCUGGAUGGCCAACUUUUGCGGCCUGCCUGCCAUCACUGUCCCCGCCGGAUUUGUGAGCCCUGUCGUGGUCGACGGGGCCACGGUUGCAAAGGCGGCGGAACCAGUCCAAGUGGGCGAGGAUGUCGCGGGCAAGGUCCCCAUCGGCCUCAUGGCCAUGGGCGAAUGGGGAGCAGAGGAGCAGCUUCUGGGAUUCGGGCUGGAUGCCGAGGAGGUCGGGGCGGACCUCAGGUGUCGGCCGCCGGUGUGGGAGGAUGUGAUUGAACUUGCGAAGCGGUCAUGAUGGCUGUGCUUUGUUUGCUAACCCAGCGAGAGGCGUAGGAAUGCUGAUGCUCGUGCUUGCUUCCUUGUGGGAUUUUCGGGGCAUCAUUCGAUUAGACCAGUUAAGACGGAAUAGAGCCAGUGAUGGAUGCGCAGAGCUCGAAUGCUUGCUCGUGAUGGCAGGGAUUGCUAGAGCAUUGGGUUUUGUAAUGCUGCGA